UUAAUCCCCUGACCGAGAACGUGUACCACUACGUCACAACCGGUUACCCGUUCGUUCAGCACGAUACUGAUGGGCAUGAAGUAAUAGAUCGUGGACGAAUCUCUCCUUCACAGAGGCACAAUUCUGCAGCCUACAAAUCUGCAGAGCACGAAAGUAUUGCUCUGAAAUCAGCCGAAUACCAAUCUGCAGAGCAUGAAAAUACUGCACUGAACUGUGCUGAAUACAAAUAUGCAGAGCACGUAAAUACUUCACUAAAUUCUGCAAGAUACCAGUCUGCAGAGCAGUCAGGUAUUGCUUUGACACAGCGUCCUACAUCUGAGGAAAAUAGAACAUUUUCGUCCAUACACUUUCAUUCUCCGUCACUGCAUGAAGUCAACGAUGCCUCUUUGACAAGCGCAUACACCGAGUUGGGCACUAUACCCGCUGAAGACACAAAGUUCGUCUCUGUAUCAGACAGAAAACUCGGGCAGUCAGGACCUGGCAUUCAUCAGCAUCAACGGACACAACAAAACCUGGCCCAGGUGUGCCAUAAGCCACUAACGGUGCUGCAAAAACCUGGCAACGUCACAUCCCGGCCUCGACAAAAACAUCAGAGGUUCAAACACGAAGAAAGGGAAGAUGUUAGUCCUUAUCCUCCUGAUCGAAGUAUGUCAUCGUUUCAUUAGAUAUAUUAGCUUUUUAUUAUCAAUAUUUCUUCUAUUUCGUUGUAGGAAAAACUGGUGAAAGUAUUUCCAAUGUUAAUUUAUACUUCUUCACUAAUAUUUACUUUGAGAUUUCAUAGUAUUAUAUUAUUAUUUUUUACCUAUCUUAACGUCC